UUACGCAAGCCUGAUGUUUACUUCCCGGAGGGGCCUCCUCCCUCCCUAUAAAGCCUGACGUGGUGGGGAGAUUGGUGGAGACUGAGGCUAGUUGAAGGGAGAGGCAAUCCCAGGAGGGGACGUAAAAGAGCCAGCAAGUUAAUGCGGGGGGCUGUAAGAGGUUCAUCGACUCAGCAAGCAGCAAGCGCCGCCUGCCGUCUGCACACUCGAAGGCGGUCGCGGUGGUCGCGGAAGGGACGUCGCCCAGACGCUGGCUUCCUAUGGAGGCGCCCGAGCUGGUCCCAGGGCUGGUGGAGCGUCUGGAGCAGCUGGCGACGUGCCCGCUCUGCGGGGGCCCCUUCGAGGACCCAGUGCUCUUGGCGUGUGAACACAGCUUCUGCCGCGCGUGCCUGUCCAGCCGCUGGGGGACCCCGCCGGCGACCAGCUCCGAGGCGCCCCCCACCGCCUGCCCCUGCUGCGGCCUGCCGUGCCCCCGCCGCAGCCUGAGGUCUAACGUGCGGCUGGCGGUGGAAGUGCGCAUUAGCCGCGGACUUCGAGAAAAGCUGGCCGAGCCCGGGGCCCGAGCCGGGAGACGCCGAGGGGGCCGCAUCCCCACCAUGGGUUGUCUGGAUCCGCAAGGAGAGGAUAUAAGGAAGACAUGGAGAAGAUUUGAUGCUCCAACGCCCAAGUCAUCUAACUCAGAGGACGAGCUCCCUGAAGAUUACCCUGUGGUCAAAAACAUGCUUCACAUACUGACAGCCGACCUGACCUUGGACCCAGGCACUGCCCACCGGCGCCUGCUCAUUUCCGCAGACCGCCGCAGCGUCCGACUGGCCCCACCAGGGACACCUGCACCCCCUGACGGCCCCGCACGCUUCGAUCAGCUCCCGGCGGUGCUUGGAGCGCAGGGCUUCGGGGCCGGCCGCCACUGCUGGGAGGUGGAGACCGUGGAAGCCGCCUCCUUCGGAGACUCUUCUGGGGAGGAUGAAGACGACGGGGAGGGCCGCUAUGCAGUGGGCGCGGCCGGGGAGUCAGUGCGACGCAAGGGCAGCGUAGGGCUGUGCCCCGCGGGGGCCGUGUGGGCCGUGGAGGGUCGCGGCAGCCGCCUGUGGGCACUCACGGCACCGGAGCCCACCCUGCUGGUUGGUGCCGGGCCCCCGCCACGGCGCAUUCGCGUGGACUUGGACUGGGAGAGGGGCCGCGUGGCCUUCUACGACGGCCGCUCGCUUGACCUGCUCUUCACCUUCCAGGCGCCAGGCCCCCUGGGGGAGCGCAUCUUCCCGCUCCUCUGCACCCGCGACCCCCGCGCCCCGCUACGCAUCGUGCCCGCAGAAAGCUGAGUCUCAAGCACAACCCCCACUCUAGUUUCGCCAGAUGCGAGGCUGCUUCCUCUUGGGCGCGGAAAUCCCCGCUCAUUCUCGGGGUCUUGUCCACAUGCCCAUUGCCAGAGUAGAGAGAAGCACCCCACCCACAUACAUUGUCUCUUUUCUCUCAAAUAGUAAGACGGUCAACUGGUCUCCAAUUUCCACUUCCACACGCAAAGCCAAAUCCAUUCCUACCCCCUCCCUCUUGGGAUAUUUCUCCCCACAGCUACCGCAGCACCUCCCAAACGAAAUCUCCCUUUCUACCUUAUGUUAUAACAGGCCUGAAUUGGAGAACAGGCCCCGCUGGUCAAAUAUUUACUUCCCACUCCUGCUUCUGCACAGCUCUAAGGCUUGGGCUGCUCUGUCCUGUCCACUCUGAGGUUUCCCCUCAAGAGAAACAAGAACCUCCCCUGAAGAAACAAAGAGGAUUGACUCUGCCCAGGCCCUAGGCCAUUUAGGAAGUUUAACAUCCUUUCUGGGAGUGGGGCAGGCCAGUUCUACUCUGUGGUGCCUACUUUCUAUGCCCACAGCCUUUGCCCAUUAAGAACCUUCUUAAAACUUCCCUCUGCACAUACAGUAAAGAACCAGUAAUGCCACCUCUCCUUUCCUCAGCCUGGGAAUGGCCCAGACACCCCAAAUUUAUCCUUGUACAUAGCCUCACAUUUUCCCCCUAUGUAUAAAUGGGCCCAUAUUUAACACGGUUUGUGAUGUUGGGUUAUUUAUUUUGUGCAUCUGUGGAAUAAAUGAGAUCUCAGUGGUGG